AUGGCUGUCCUGGUCGACCUGCAGCCGGCUCCUGGAGACCGGCAGCGCAUUACGCCCAUUCGCAAUACCUACUCAAGCGACAUGCACCGCAAGGCCGUGCAACACAGCAACAUGCACAUCUUCCAAGAGGAACCUACCGAACCUAAAGAAGCUCCUAGCAGCGCUCCCGACUCGACAAAAUCUACCAACUUGCUCGGAACAGCUCUAUCCAUCUAUCCAAUCGCCGUUGGAGUCGCAUCGCACAUCGACCUCGUUACGCUCGACAGCCUCUCCCGCACAUGCCGCGCCGCCCAUGAUGGCCUCAUUCAAUAUCGCAAGGCCCUUCUUGCCUCGACUCUCCGCUGCUAUCAGGACGAGAUGCCUGUGGACCCAAGCGAUACUUUCCGGUACCGGGCUAGGGCCGGCAUCUGGCACAUCCAGCGCGAGAAUGAUGCCUCUCUACGGAAUUUCCAUGGAAAGGCGGGCCAAUGUGCCAGGGAUAUGGUGGCCGAAUGUCGGCGCUGCUCAAGGGUGAAUUGUGCAAUUAAGCCCCCUGAGCCAAAGGCCCUCAAGGAGAGACAUCGCCGUCUUUGCCAGACUUGCACCGAAGCCCCGCUGAAGGACCACAUCAACCCCAUGCUAGAUCCGGACACACCAAUCUCUUCGAAUGUAAUCCAGCAGGGAAUUUGCCAGUGUGAGACCUUGGGAGUCUGGCUCUGCCAGCCAUGCGGAAGGUCCAUUCGUGGCAAAGACCAGACCUACCUACGGUAUGUGUCUUCCAUCAUUCUCAAAAGCUUCUGCCUGUUCCGAUCUCGGGGAUUGAUGAAAGCAUCUAGUAUCUGGAAAUGGCGCAGCAAGUACACUGAAAUGGGCAUAACGGAUGGUGACCGUGGCGUUACUUGCGGUCGUGAAGGCGACUGCCUCGGGGCCAUCGAAACCGAAGUCGAGAUGGAUAGCGCCGGUGAGAUCCCUACACCUCCAUCCUCAUCCCCUGCCCCUGCUUCCCCACCUCACUCGGACCGCGAGAGUCCCGGCGUCGAGCCUCGCUCCGGAUACAAUGUGCACCCGUUUGAGGGCGCCGGCGGCUGUGUUACGAACAAGACAGUAGUCAAGAUCCGUGUUGGCCAGAGCGUACCCGAGUGGCAUGACGAGAAGUCCGCCUCUCAGAUCCUCGAAAGGGAGGUUGAGGGUAAAGUGCGGAGUUGGUGUGGUUGGUGCUGGAGGGUCCUCCCUGGAGAAGACGACAUGAAGAAGAAUCAAUGA